GUGGUAUGUAUUCAAAUACGUACAACCCUCAAUGGAGACAUCCCCCCAAUAUGUCAUGGUCAAACAAUAAUCCAGUUGGUGUUCGAAACAUCCCACCUCCUGGUUUUCAACAGCUGCAGCCUCAACCAGAGAAGAAGCCCCAGCUGGAGGAGUUGAUUUUGGCUCAUAUGUAGAAAACAGACAAUAAUUUCAAGGGUCUUGAUAAAUUUGUCACUCAACAGCUAGCCAUCAAUAAUAAUAUGCAAUCAUCUAUGCUACCUAUGGAGAGGCAAAUAGGCCAGAUGGCUCAAACUUUGGCAGAUAUUCAAGGUAGGAUUCUAGGGACUCCACCAGCAAAUACCGAGAGGAAUCCGAAGGACGCCAUGGUUGUAGCCGUCACAUUGAGGAGUGGGAAGGAGUUGGAGGAUCCAAAGGGCAAGAAAAAUCCAGUAGAAAAUGAGGGCAAAGCAGUUGCAGAGGAAGAAAGUGCAAAAGCUGAAAAAUUUGACUUGCACAGGCAAACUACAUGCAAUCUGCCUGUGCAUGAGCAUUCUGCCUGUGCACCUCCAAAGGUGGAAAAAUUCAAGAAUGAAGAGGUAAAACCUUAUGAACCUCCCGCACCAUUCCCUCAAAGGUUAAUGAAGCCCAUGAAAGACCCAAACUUCAAGAAAUUUGUGAAUAUCUUCAAGCAACUUCAUAUCAACAUACAGUUGGCGGAGGCACUUGAACAGAUGCAUACAUAUGCUAAAUUCUUAAGGGAGUUGCUGACGAAGAAGCGCAAAUGGGCUGAUCUGGAGAAGGUAACCGUUACUUCUGAAUGUAGUGCCGUGAUUCAGAAUAAAUUACCAGAAAAGAGGGAUGAUCCAGGAAGCUUCACCAUUCCAUGUGUCAUUGGAGGUAGAGAGUUCGAUAAAUCACUUUGUGAUCUUGGAGUAGGAAUUAAUUUGAUGCCAUACUCAGUCUACAAGAAAUUGGGAUUGGGAGAUGUUAUUAAGCCUACUCGGAUCACUUUCCAAUUGGCUGAUCGAUCAGUAAAAAUCCCAAAAGGAGUGGUGGAGAAUGUAUUGGUGAAGUUGGGGAAGUUUAUUCUCCCCACAGAUUUUGUUAUUCUGGAGAUGGAACAUAUGCAUUAUUUGUUUCUUAAUCAAAACUAGUGAACUCCCCACCAUAAACUCGUGACCAUCCAUCGUGGUGAUCUGGAUGUACUUCUCCGAAGGAUCCUCUUUCUAUACCACAGGGCUUACGGAGCUUAUGUUCUCCACCGCAAUCAUAACAUGUGCAUAUAAUUGAUUGGUUUUCAGAAUUUAUUUCAUAGCCGAGAUUAGCAUUAAUCAUGAAAGCAAGUAAAUUGACCUUGUAGUA